AUCGGGUACUGUUAUUCUUUUCGCCCAGAGUCCUUCUCAAUGGACCCUCCCAGUAGCUUUCCAAUCGAUCCCAAGGCGAUUGCUGUCAUCGUUCAUUCCCUCUGGGCGGCCCGUUAUCUUUCAGUCGUUGGCUUGGUGGCCCUUCUCUACGAUCAUUUCUUAACUCUCAAAGAUGAGAUCCAGCUAAUAUGGUUCUCGCCUUCAUGGGGGGUCAUCAAAUGGGCUUUCUUGUAUAACCGUUAUGUUGUGGAGAUCAGUUUAAUUCUUGCAGCUUAUGUUCAAGCUGGAUUUGCCCCAUCUCUUAGCGACUUGAGGUACCUCGCUGUUGUCUCGAUGGCAUUUUCAAAUUUCGUGAUGGUGAUACAGAUCUACACCGCAACUGUCAUUUGCGCUGCUCUGACGCUGCAGGAAGUACAUGCAACCAUUGUUCACUUACCAAUUGCUGGUAUGAAUACAUGUGGGCUGAGCAAGAAGCCACCAUUCUUGAUUGGCGUAUGGGCAGGGAUGACCGCCUUUGACGUUUUCAUUCUCCUCUUGACGUUGGGUAAUAGCUUGGAUCGACCCCAUAGGCAGCAUAUUGGCGUGCUUAGUACGCUGUAUCGUGAUGGAGCGAUUUUCUUCACAGCUUUACUUUCAUUACGUGUUAUGAACUUCAUCUUGGGUAUUAUCGCGGACACCUCGCAAAUUCUUAUCGGAUCAUUGUUGACUCGAACUCCUUACAGCUUCUCCUGGGCAAUGGUGUCCGUCACACUUUCACGACUCAUCCUGCGUAUCGAAGCUCUCAAACACAACCGACAAUCACUACACAUCUGGGAAUCCCCACCAGGGAUCAUCGAGAUGGAGACCCGUGUCGAUAUAGAUACAAAAUGACCUCCACUCAGUCUCCUUUCUAUGAUCUCGACCCUCGACGCACCCGCUGCGAUACCUCAUACUACCUAUCACUCUAAAAGCCGACUCGUGGGGUCCAUUGCCUGUAUCAAGCUAUUUAUGCAGUGUCCCUUGCGUAUGUCGGGUGGACGUGAAGGGAGCUGAAGGUUGGAGGUUUUGACGGGGCCUGCUUUCUUUGCGGACGUUUACAGUAAUGUACAUUAAUCGGGUUGGUUGUGAUGUUUGACGCAUUGCUUCUUUGGAAGGUGAAGAAGCUUUGGCCUCGUGUUGACCAGGCUUUGACAGACCUACUGGCUGCGAUUAUAUUGUCAGCAGGUUCCGCUCAAACGACACGUUCAAUCAACGUUUUCUCAGAUG